UGCGGCGCCCAUUUUAAAUUAAAAUACGCGCCGCAAGCUCUUAAUUUAAAUUUUAAAUGAAAAUUUUUAAUAUGAUUGUGCGCAGCACAGCUCUGGAUUCGCGUAAUGGCAACGAUGGAAGCUGCAGCAGCAGCAGCAGCUCGUCGCCCGUCGCCCGCAUGAGCAGGCAUGACUCCACGUCCUGAAAGAGCUCCAGGCAGAUUGAACUGGAAUCGUUCGUGGCGACUGCGCUGCGGGAAGCCCGAAAUACAUUCUUUCGAAGGAUUCUUUUGGAAGCCGAGAGUUCCCGCCAUUUUUUCCCGAUGCUUGGUCGGUGGGAAAAUUGAAGAUUCUCAUGCGGGCCGAUCGCUGAGCAGUGAAGAAGGAGGAGCAUGGAGCCCGCUGGCGCUGGGGCGAGAGACGAGGAAGACUUGGUAGAUGGUGGAAUCGGGGAUGUGGACGGUCUCGAUGAUGUUGGAGCGGACGAGCUGAGAAGUGAUGUAGAUUUGCUUCUCAGAGUAUGGCAGAAUGAGAAAUGCGCCCCUGAGAUUCUCCCGUAUGAGGCGACUCUUGUGGAGCGAGUCCGAGAGCAGAUUCAGCUCAUGGAGGAAAAUAUAGAAGCGUUUGCGACCGAGAUCAAAGACGACUUGAUGCUUUCAUUGUACCGUAUGGAUGUAAACCGUACUCUUUUUCUGCUGAGAUCAUAUCUCCGUGCGCGCCUGCACAAGAUUGAGAGGUUUCCUAUACAUAUUGUCGACAAUCCAGAGCUCUGGGAUAGACUCUCCGAACACGAGCAGGAGUACACCAAUAAGUAUUGUGAAAUCCUUGCCAAGCACUUUGAGAAAACUGUACUCAUCAGAUUACCCGACCAGUACGGCUCGAUGCUCAAGCAAACGAGUUUGGCGAGUGAGGAGAACGACAUGAUUACCCAACCCCAGUUGAAUACGUUCGUGUUCUGCAGGAGCAGAGGAGCAAUCGGUUCUUUCCAACUGGACGACAAGGGCGAUGAAGCAGUCGACCUAAUGACAGACGAUCUGUACAUAUUGAGGUACAAACCUGUCAGGAAGCUUUUGGUAACAGAUAAAAUAGAGUUGAUAUAGAUUGUGAUUGCAUAUCUUGCGAUCAUCAGUGGGGUUUUAUCAACUGUUCUUCGAAUACGGCUGUCCGUGGUAAAGCUAUUACCUUACAACGAGAAAGCUAGCAAGGUACAAGGAACGGCUGGAAACCGUUCACUGCCUCUCGGGUGGAAUCUGCCAGCAUUUCUGAAAAGUGUUCAUGGACGCUUGGCCCUUACCAGUGGUUUGCUUUUGUGGUUAUAGUAGAGUUUCGUUAGACUGUGCAAGCUAUUCGACUGAUGAGUGUAAUGGGUAUUCUAAGCAGUUAUAUAAACCGGUGGUUGUAUACGAAUAAUUCAGUGAGCAUAAAUGCAACACCUGGAAUGGUCAUGCCGUGUGCUGUAUAUGACUUAGCGCACUUAGAAAUUCAAAGUUCCAGGCGAGUCAUCUUCGCACUAAAGAAGAAAGUGCGUUGUGAAAUAAAGUCUCGUCAGAGUUUAUUCAAAUUUUUUGGC